GAGCAUUUCCGUGCAGAGAAGUGGAGCAGAAACAGAGUCCGUGAUCACUCGCACUCCUUUUUUUUUUCCUCUCUUUAUCGAGAAAGCACCUACAUUCUCUCUGGAAGACUCAAUCGCCCCCUCGAACUUUGGCUCCGGCGACUCUUUCCGAUGGAUUACGAAGUGGAAUUUCGCUCCUACCUGGACGAUGCUUGGUACAACGUGCGGCUUGUACUCGAUGGGGAGAAACUAACCGUUAAAUACAGCAACUUCCCCGACGAUCAGAACAGCGUUUUCGAGCCUGGAAGCUUCAAUUCUCUUGAGGAAUUGAAGGAGUUCCAAGGACGAUUCCGGGCUCUGUCGGCACAGCUGCAGGACAAUGAGUGUCAGAAGGUGGUCAAAGGCACGGAGGUUUGCGCUGCCUACACCUUCAACUCCGAUGAUGUCCGCUUCUACGACGCCGUGGUCGAUGACGUAGUUUCCCAAAAGCAUUCUAUUGAAAAUGGAGAAGAGGAAUGCAGGUGCACUUUUAUUCUUCUGUGGCAACAUGGACUAUACGCUGAUUGUUUGAGUUCUAACAAUAUUGAAAGCAUGUGCUUGAUCCAACACAAUGCACAACUCGACCCUAUGGUGUCCUCCUUUCUGGCAAUAGCGAGGGAGAAAAUUAAAGCUAUUUCUAGAAGCUCACCUCUCAAGCGCAAGCUAACUUUUGCAGAACGGUGGCAGCAGGGAAAAAAGUGUGCCAAGACGUCUGCCAGCAGAAUUCAUCCACCAGGUGCACCCUUAGGUUUUAUCCCUGAAGAAACAGAAGAUUCUUGGAAGACCAGGAAAAUUGGCAAUCACUACGAAAGGAUUGGACAAGAUGCAGAUAUUGGGGGGACUGGUAGAUGUCAGGUCGUUUUGAUCAACAAUUUAGAUAAAGAAUUAUCCCCACCAACAAUUAUAGAUUUUAUACACAAACAAACUACGGUCUCAAUCCAAGCACAUAUUCUGCCAAGUUCAUUGUCAGACACAUUUACAAGUGCAAUAAUUGUGUCGAAUUGUAAGGAGAAUCUUGAGAAGUUGUGUGAAUUUUUGGAGAGCCCCAACCAUAUUAUAAUGUCUGCAAAGGGAAGGCCGUGGGUGGUAACAAAAAAAUUCUCUUGGCAUGCUGCAUAUCGAACAACUCAUGAGAAAUUGAUACUUAAAUCUCAGAACAAACUAUCAAAUCGAAAUGGUGGGAUUGGUGAUGAACUACAAGUUGUCUAUUCUGGAACUGGGAAAUACGGGACCGCUAAAGAGCUGAGGGAUUUAUUCAUGGAGUUUUCUAAUCAUCAACAAAAAUUGCACAAGAGGCUAGCGGCUGAGGAGGCAAAGAUCUUGCAACGAUCAGUGUGGAGUAUAGAAGCGAACGACUAGAUUAGCUUCUUGUGCUUAAACUGUUUCUUGGGAUUGUUUGAAAUAUAUAACUCUUUUGUUACGGUUGUAUAUUUCUGCAGUCGAAACUUUUGAUCAAAUUUCAUACACAACAUUCUCCAAAAUCAAAAAUCACAAGGGAAAGCAUAGAACUUUUUUUUUUACUGUUUACCUACUGGGAUUAGGGAGGGAUUUUUUCUUUCUAUUGACAUUUGUAUAUGAAAAUUUCCAAUACUCAGAUAUGCAAUGUAUAUUUUAACCUUUUUUUCGUCCUUCUUGUGGUUGUCUGGG